UGCGCACGCGCAGUCCUGGGUGCAAGCACCUCAGGAUGGCCCACACUAUGGAACCAGUGGCAAAGAAGAUCUUUAAAGGAGUUUUAGUAGCUGAACUCUUGGGCGUUUUUGGAGCAUAUUUUUUAUUUAGUAAGAUGAACACAAGCCAAGAUUUCAGGCAAACGAUGAGCAAGAAAUUUCCCUUCAUCUUGGAAGUUUAUUACAAAUCCAUUGAAAAGUCCAGAAUGUAUGGAGUCAGAGAGCAAGAUCAAGAAAAAUGGUUGAAUAGCAAAAAUUAGGACCAGUCAUCGCGUUCAGCCUCCCAUCUAAGCUGUUUGUGACCUUUGUGGGGGAAAAGAAAG